AUGUCAGUGCCAAAAGCGGUAACCCCGAGCUACACUUGGGCUUACCAUGCGGCGCUGCAUAGGGAGUCCCUGCAGAGCUUACCUUGUCCUUUGCUCCCGCAAUGUGUCCCCUGCAGCGUCCCCGGCCAUCUCCUCCGGCUGAUGCUGGCAUCCAGCUUCUGUGUUCCGGUCCCUGUGACGUCGGGACGUACAGGCGCCGCCGCCGGCGGGAAAUUUGAAAAAAAUGUCAUUUUUUUCAAAAACAAAUUUUUCAUAUGCUUUGUCCUGUGCCCUGCCUGCAUUUUGUCUGUUCUUUCU